CCGGCGAGCGAGGGGAGCGGCGCCCCCGGCCGCGCCUCCCGCCCCCUGCCCUCCCGCCACUGGGUCGGGGCGGCCAGGACUGAAGCCCCCAGGAUGGCGAGCCCGCCGCUGAACGCGCUCCCCGCCCCGGCCGGGGCCGCGGGCGGCGGCGGGAGCGCGGGGGGCGGCGGCCCCAAUCUCAACAACAACAACAACAACCACAGCGUGCGCAAGUGCGGCUACCUGAGGAAGCAGAAACACGGCCACAAGCGCUUCUUCGUGCUCCGCGGCCCCGGCGGCGGCGGCGGCGGCGCGGGCGGCGACGAGCCGGGGGCGGGCGGGGGGCAGCCGCCGCAGCCCCCCCGGCUCGAGUACUACGAGAACGAGAAGAAGUGGAAGAACAAGUCGGGGGCCCCGAAGCGGGUGAUCGCGCUGGACUGCUGCCUGAACAUCAACAAGCGCGCCGACGCCAAGCACAAGUACCUCAUCGCCCUCUACACCAAGGACGAGUACUUCGCCGUGGCGGCCGAGAACGAGCAGGAGCAGGAGGGCUGGUACCGCGCGCUCACCGACCUGGUCAACGAGGGCCGCGCGGGCGCCGGCGACGCGCCCUCCGCGCGCUGCGCCGCCAGCUCCGCGUCCUGCAGCGCCUCCCUGCCCGGCCCCGGCGCCUUCGGGGGCUCGGCCGGCGCCGCCGACGACAACUACGGGCUCAUCGCGCCCGCCACCUCGGUCUACCGCGAGGUCUGGCAGGUGAACCUGAAGCCCAAGGGCCUGGGCCAGAGCAAGAACCUGACCGGCGUGUACCGCCUGUGCCUGUCGGCGCGCACCAUCGGCUUCGUGAAGCUCAACUGCGAGCAGCCGUCGGUCACGCUGCAGCUGAUGAACAUUCGCCGCUGCGGCCACUCGGAUAGCUUCUUCUUCAUCGAGGUGGGCCGCUCGGCCGUCACGGGCCCCGGCGAGCUGUGGAUGCAGGCCGACGACUCGGUGGUGGCGCAGAACAUCCACGAGACCAUCCUGGAGGCCAUGAAGGCGCUCAAGGAGCUCUUCGAGUUUCGGCCGCGCAGCAAGAGCCAGUCUUCGGGCUCCUCCUCCACGCACCCCAUCAGCGUGCCCGGCGCGCGGCGCCACCACCACCUGGUCAACCUGCCCCCCAGCCAGACCGGCCUGGUGCGCCGCUCGCGCACCGACAGCCUGGCCGCCACGCCUCCGGCCGCGGCGGGCGCCAAGGGCAGCUCCUGCCGGGUGCGCACGGCCAGCGAGGGAGACGGCAGCGCGGGCGCGGCGGGGGCAGGCGGCUGCAGGCCCGUGUCGGUGGCGGGGAGCCCCAUGAGCCCCGGACCGAUGAGGACGCCACUGAGCCGCUCGCACACCCUGAGCAGCGGCUGCGGCGGCCAUCCGAGCAAGAUGCUGCUGGCGCCGGCAGGGGGUGCCCUGCAACACAGCCGCUCCAUGUCCAUGCCCGUGUCCCACUCUCCCCCGGCGGCCACCAGCCCUGGCAGCCUCUCGUCCAGCAGUGGGCACGGCUCGGGCUCCUACUCGCUGCCUCCAGGCCCACACCCGCACCUGCCGCACCCCCUGCACCAUCACCAGGGCCAGCGGCCCUCCAGUGGCAGUGCCUCUGCCUCGGGCUCCCCCAGCGAUCCCGGUUUCAUAUCCCUGGAUGAGUAUGGCUCCAGCCCUGGCGACUUGAGAGCCUUUUGCAGCCACCGAAGCAACACUCCUGAGUCCAUCGCAGAGACCCCACCUGCCAGAGAGGGCAGUGGGGGUGAGCUGUACGGGUAUAUGACCAUGGACAGGCCCCUGAGCCACUGUGGCCGCCCCUACCGCAGAGUUUCAGGGGACGGGGCUCAGGACUUGGACAAAGGGCUGAGGAAGAGGACUUAUUCACUGACCACACCUGCUCGACAGCGGGCAGUGCCCCAGCCCUCCUCCGCAUCUCUGGAUGAGUACACCCUGAUGCGGGCUACCUUUUCCGGCAGCUCGGGCCGUCUCUGCCCCUCCUGCCCGGCGUCCUCUCCCAAAGUGGCUUACAACCCCUACCCCGAGGACUACGGAGACAUAGAGAUCGGCUCCCACAGGAGCUCCAGCAGUAACCUGGGGGUAGAUGAUGGCUACAUGCCGAUGACCCCUGGUGUGGCCCCGCUCGUGGGUGGGGGUAGCUGUAAGAGUGACGACUACAUGCCCAUGAGCCCAACCAGUGUGUCUGCCCCCAAGCAGAUCCUACAGCCCCGGGUUCCCACUUCAGCCUUGCCCCCCACUGGAGCUGGGGUACCAGCAGCAGCCUCUGCAGCUGGGAGAGGCUUUGCAGUCCACGGGGGCAGUUACAAGACCAGCUCCCCUGCAGAGAGCUCCCCAGAGGACAGUCGGUACAUGCGUAUGUGGUGUGGCUCCAAGCUGUCCAUGGAGAAUCCUGACAGCAAGCUGCUUUCCAAUGGGGACUACCUCAACAUGUCCCCCAGUGAUGCGGGUACUUCCUGUACCCCACCCGACUUCUUCUCAGCUGCCUUGCACAGUGGUGGAGAAGUACUCAAGGGAGUACCCGGCUACUGCUACAGCUCCUUGCCUCGGUCUUACAAGGCUCCUUACACCUGCAAUGGGGACAACGACCAGUAUGUACUCAUGAGCUCCCCAGUGGGGCGGAUCCUGGAAGAGGACAGACAAGAGCAACAGACCAGUCCGCAGCCGCUGGCCACCCCAGUGAGCACCCAAUCGGCCAGCACCUUCGGGCCCAGCGGGAGCAGCCACAUCCAACCUCACCACCCAGCAGUGCCUUCACCCCUGAGGCAGAGCACCAGCAGCCGGCCAGAGGGAUUCCUGAACCAACGCUGCCGGGCAGUGCGGCCCACUCGCCUGUCCCUGGAGGGGCUUCAGACUCUGCCCAGCAUGCACGAAUACCCUCUGCCCCCAGAACCCAAGAGCCCCGGCGAGUACAUCAACAUUGACUUUGUCGAGGCUGGAGCUCGCCUUUCCCCACCGGCUCCUCCACUGCUGGCGUCGGCGGCCUCGUCUUCCUCGCUGCUGUCAGCCAGUAGCCCAGCCUCCUCCCUGGGUUCUGGCACCCCUGGGACCAGCAGCGACAGCCGGCAACGCUCUCCUCUCUCAGAUUACAUGAACCUUGACUUCAGCUCGCCCAAGUCACCCAAACCGGGUACCCAGAGCGGGGACCCCGUGGGCUCCUUGGAUGGCCUUCUGUCGCCUGAGGCCUCCUCGCCCUACCCGCCGCUGCCCCCACGCCCCUCCGCCACUCCUUCUUCAGCCUCCUCCCAGCAGCCGCAACCACCCCUGCCGCCACCACCAGGGGAGCUGUACCGCCUGCCUGCGGUGUCUGUCGCUGCCACCUCCCAGGGCCCCAGCGCUGCCUCGUCUUCAUCCUCCGAGACUGGGGAUAAUGGUGACUACACCGAGAUGGCCUUUGGUGUGGCUGCCACCCCGCCACAACCUAUCGCGGCACCCCCAAAGCCAGAAAGUGCCCGUGUGACCAGCCCGACGCCUGGCGUGAAGAGGCUGAGUCUCAUGGAUCAGGUGUCAGGGGUCGAAGCCUUCCUGCAGGCUAGCCAACCCCCAGACCCACACCGGGGGGCCAAGGUCAUCCGCGCCGACCCGCAGGGGGGCCGUCGCCGGCACAGCUCGGAGACCUUCUCCUCAACCACCACUGUGACCCCCGUGUCCCCGUCCUUCGCUCAUAAUCCUAAGCGCCACAACUCUGCCUCCGUGGAAAAUGUCUCUCUCAGGAAAAGUGGCGAAGGCGGUGGCAGUGGUGUGGGGGUAGGCCUUGGAGGGGGAGAUGAGCCACCCAGAUCCCCCCACCAGUCGCAGCCGGCACUUUCUGUGCCGUCGCUUCCCCAGCAGCCAAGGCCUUGGACACAGAGCCAGUCUGUGGGGUUAAUAGGCUGCCCUGGGGGCAGUGGUUCUCCCAUGCGUAGGGAGACCUCUGCUGGCUUCCAGAAUGGUCUCAACUACAUCGCCAUUGACGUGAGGGAGGAGACGGGGCUGUUACCCCUGCAGCAGCAGCAGCAGCAGCCAGGAGAGAAGAACUCCUGGGGCCGGAACCAUGGCCUUGGUGGUCUCAUCAACACUGUAGGUGGUGGCAGCACCAGUGGGGUCUGUGGGGGGCCUGGCCCUGGCACCCUGCCCUCCACCAACGCCUACGCGAGCAUUGACUUCUUGUCACAUCACCUGAAGGAGGCUGCUGUCGUGAAAGACAUCCAUGAUCUACCCAGGAAAGCCCCCUUCCCUUCAUGCGCUAAGGAGGCUUCGUUGCCACUGCCAGCCCCCACUGGUCAUAGUGCUUCCUGCUCUGAAAACUUACUGCUGUUCGACCCCUUGCCUUCCACUAUGGUGACCACUGUAGUUGGAGGAGGGAAACCACAUUUGGCUGGGCAGCUCUGUGUUACCAACCCAUCAGGCUGAUGUGGCAGUCGGCUCCAGAUGCCAGUUGUUACAUGUUGAAAACCUUCCAAACACUUCACCCAUUCGAAAAAUAUUACAGGGCAGGAUAGAAAGAAGUAGGUUGGGUUUUCUAGUUGAAAAGAAAAAUAGAAGGUAAUGUUAAUAAGCCGUUUACCUUUGAUACCAGGGGGGAGAGGGAAUAAUUUUGAAGUGUGCUGAACACGUGCGGUAUUGUGGGUGGUAGUAAAUACUCUGGAAAAGAAAGCAGGGAAGAGUCAGGGAGAAAAUGACAUUUGAGCCAAACAACCUGUAGGUCCUGAGAGAGCAAGUCAUGAGGAUUUUUACAUGGAGACACCAUGUAGGCAAAGAGAGUAAAUAUCAAGUGCAAAAGCCCUGGGGGUGAAGAUUGAUAUGUACAGAGAAGACAGAGACCAGUACAGCUGACAAAAGGGCAUAAGGGAAAGAGUUAUAGGUGAGAUCAGAGACUUUGGUUCAUAUUUAACGGUAUAAAAGGAAGGUGCGUUGUCUUUGGAACAACAUGAAAGCAUUUUAAGACUUUUAUACCAGAGCCAUCUAGUUGUGUCACAAUGCGUGUGGCAGCCCUGGAUGGUAUCUUAUACUUAGUGAGGUCAACUCUUGAAUUUCUUUCUCAAAAAAUUUAUAUAAAAUUUGAAAAGCCCUGAAGUUUUCUAAUAGGAUGUAGACCAAAACCAAACCAAACCCAUUGCUGUCAAGUCAAUUCUGACUAAUAGAGGCCCUAUAGGACAGAGUAGAACUGCCCCAUACGGUUUCCAAAGAGUGGUGGUGGACUUGAACUGCCAGCCUUUUGGUUAGCAGCUGAGCUCUUAAGCCCUGUGCCACCAGGGCUCCAGAGUGAAGACACUGAGAUAUAAUUGAGGUUGAGGAAAUUGGCUGAAACUUUUCACGAGGUAAACAACAAAAUAAAAGGACAAGUGUUUAGCCACUGAAUUACAUACUUUUUAAAAAUCAAAAUGUAUGUGUAUAGCACCUUACAACUUACCAGUUUUCAGGUGCUACUUAAUCCUAGUAACGUCCUCAUAGGGUAGGUUCUUGUUACUUUAUUUGACAAAACUAGGGGUGGGAGAUAUUAAGUGGCACCCCUAGCUCAUGUUGCCUGGCUCUCUGAGCUGUAUUGGAAAACCCACUUUCCCAGUCUGUAGAGAUUGUUUUUCUUGAAGGCCUGUCGCUAUCUGGUUCUGUAUCUCCUAGGCAACACGAUGCCUUCACUAAAAUUAAAAAAAAAAAAAGUUCCUCUGACAGUUUGUAAGCUGAAUCUCUUAGAACUGGGUCUGUGAUGUGUGUGGCUCUUUACUCCUAAUUCUUGCUUGGGGCUGGGCUUCCAGGAAGUUCCCCAGUGCUCAGGGAGUUUAAGUUUAGGCUGACGAAACACAUUGAUCUCAUCAGUUAAUUUAGAAACUAAAAUGAUAGAAAAAAAAAAAACCCAGUGAAAGUAGCAAAUAUGUAGAUAAUUUGUUAUUCCACGUAUUUCAUAGAGAUUCUGGCUUAACAGGAAAGCACUAAUGGAAGGAGCUUAGAGCUAAUGGUGCCAAAAGUUCAGAAAGAUUGGUAUGCCGUGUGUGAAAGGACCCUGCUCUCCUUUUCACCUCUUGGUGAGGAAAAUACACAUUUAAUAAAUGGACUUGAUGAGCCAAGUUUGUGCAUUGCACUAUAAAAAAAAACCAAACCAAACUCGUUGCCGUCAAGUCAAUUCCAGGUCAUAACAACCCUAUAGGAAAGAGUAGAACUGGCCCAUAGGGUUUUCAAGGAGUGCCUGGUGGAUUUGAGCUGCCUACCUUUUGGUUAGCAGCCGUGGCUCUUAACCACUACGCCGCCAGGGUUUCCACAUUGUGUUAUAGUUUAUAUAAUUGCUCAAACCUGAAGUAGUGUUGUAGAUGUAUCUUUAGGAUUUAGGCUCAGCUUUCUUUAACUUUUCUGUAGUAAAAAUACAUAUAAAUAAUAAAAAAAAAAAUUUUUUUUUUAAUAGCAUACGUAAAAUGUCUUAAAGAAGUUCAUUCAUUUUUAAUGAGAUAAGAAUCUUUUCCUUUAUUUGUUUUCCAUGUCUGGUUGCAGAUACGUCUUCCAGACCAAAAAAAAGAAAAACCAUGAAAUUUAAAUUUUUACUUCCAAAUGUGUGUAUUUUAGAAAAGAUGUUUGUAUUUGUGAACCUCCUGGGUUUCUGUGGUUCAUAAGGUAACCCUUGUAAGUGGUAUGUGGAAGGAAUGAUGGGAGGCGACGUGAUAAAUGAAAGGGAGGAAGGUGGUGGUUUUGUGUUGUUGGAAAAGAAAGGUGUGUUGCCAGGACACCCAUGGACCUGCAGAGCUGCCCUUUAGAAUCCUCUGUAUGUUACAACCUGCCUUAUUAGCAAAUGGCUAAGAUACAUCCACAAAUAAUUUGAUUCACUUGUAGUCUUAUUGUAUCAGUUCAGAAUGGUUUAAAUGGUUAGUAAGGUUGCUAUUUUUCUUUCUGUUACUCUUGGCUUAGGUCGCUUGAAAGUCUAAAUGCUAUUGGUCUUAAGUUCAAUCAAAGAAGUAGAAACUGUAAAAGUGCCUGUAUCUCUCUAAAGAAAAUCAAGAAUAUAACAAUUAUUUUUUUUUUUAAUUCAUCUAUGCUAAGUAUCACAAAGUUUAAAUAACUAAAAAUUUUUAAAUCUGAGGGAUGUUCUCUUGGACUGAAUUUAUAAUAUGUGAUAUAGUUAUUAUAUAUUCCUCAGAAAUCUGCUUGUCUCCUGAUUUUGUCAUUUUAAUAUUAGAGAUGUGGUUAAGAAGGUAUGUCUCUUCUAAAGCUCAUUCUUAAAAAUCUUGAAGAAUUCAUGUACUGCUUAGACAAAUCUGGCACACAUCCCUGUAAAUGAUCACUCAUGGUCCACCUUUUUUUUUUUAUAUAUAAUUGUAUUUAUUUUGUUGUUGUUGAGAAUAGACACAGCAAAGCAUACCCUAGUUCAGCAGUUUCGGCAUGUAUAUAUACAAUUUCUCCAUAUACUUGUAGUUUCUACAUGUACAGUUCAGACAUUGAUUACAUUCUUUGAGUUGUGCAUCCAUUCUCACCCUCCUUUUCUGAGUUGUUCCUCCCCCAUGAACAUAAACUUACUGCCCCCCCCGAGGUUCCUAUCUAACCUUUCGAGUUGCUGUUUUCAAUUCGAUCCCAUAUAGGUAGUUCUUAACUUCCUUUUAAUGUAAAAAAUGAUUUUUUUUUUUAAUUAAUUGGAAAGUUUUCCCCAUAUCCAGAACUUUUAGCAGUUUGGGAAAUCUUGUCUUUAUAAAGUGUUUUAUUUUUUCCUGCUGCUUUCUUCUCCUUUUGGUAAAGAGGGUAGGGUGACCAGGCAUGUCUGUGAUCACACCUCAGGAAUGUUACAACUGUCUGGAAACAAGCCAGAUCUGGCAGACUCUGUCCUUGCCUGUCUCUGUCCUUUAUCACCAGAUAGUGAAAACUUGCCAACACUGACAUGCAGGACACAGAAGACUCCCCCUUGUUAGAAACCUAACAGUUUGUUGACCCUGGGGAAGUCAUUUCAUCCCCUGGGCCCAUUAGGAGGGAUUAGGUUCAGUGGUUCCCAACCUGUGUGGUCGUUAGAAUCUCCCCAUAAAUCUUAGCAAAUACCAAGGCCAAGCUCCUGCCCAAGGCACCCCACUGCUCUAACAUCCUUCUUAGCUCUGUGACUGUUUAAAAACUUGCCCAAGAUCCUUGCCAUUUUAGGUUUUGCUAAGACUGAAGAAGAGUCCCUGGGUGGUGCAAAUGUUUAUGUUUGACCACUAACAUAAAGGGUGGUGGUUUCAACACACCCAGUGGCACCACAGUUGUGUUAAAGAUGAUCGCCAAGAAAACCCCUAUGGAGCACAGUUCUACCCUGGAACGCAUGGGGUUGCCAUGGGUUGGAAUCAGCAAGAAGGCAAUGGGUUUGGUUUUGAAGGCUAAAGAAUAUAAGUGCCAGAAAGUUUCUUUGGCUUAGACUUAAUUUUUUUUUCUUUUUGAGUCACAUUGUAGACACUAACAUUUUGGGCUGAAAUUAUGCAUUUUAUAAAUGACCACGAAGGCGUGUGGAAGCUGGGGAGGAAGAAUCUGGGGUGUCUGUAGGUGAUGAGCAGAUCGUGGGGGAAGUGGGCCCACAGAAGUUGACUUCUUCUGUCUCCACUAGUGAAGGGCUGGCCAUCAGCUCCUGCUUCACCUGCUGGUUUUCUUUUUUUUAAGUAUAUGAACUUUAUAAAGAUAGUUUGUGACUUAGCACUUUCAUCACUGAAAUUUCAAUCAAGAGUACUCCAUUCGAAUGUAAAUCUCCUUCAUCUGGGGCAGAAGGGCUUAAAUGCUCAUCUACAUUUUUGUGUAUAAACCAAAGAGAACAAAAAUAGUGUUACCCCACGACCUGGACUGGAUGGAGUCUAGUUAGUUUAUGACGCAUUGUACUUGCUCAGCCCAUGUGAAAUUAAAAGGGAUUUGUGUGUUCUCCGACUGAGCAGCUGCCUGCACUGUGGACGUAGGAAGCCUCUUUCAGGGCGUUUUGUACUGUCCACAGCGUGUGAAGAAAGCAGCCAGGCAGAGGCCCUGGGUCUUUGCAGUGUUUGGGAGCUAUUAGCUUUAAAUGGCCUAUAGUUACCCCAAGGAAAAAAAAACAAAACAAUUCUACUUCUGUUCUCCUUCUAUCCAAUUAUAACAAGUUUAUUCAUUUUAUUCCGAGAGCCAUUUGCCAUUGUUUUUGUGCAUUCAUCAGUUGUUUAUUUGCUGUUUGAAGUUGCAAUUGUUCGUGAUGUCAUUCAUGAAUAUAAUUUUGAAUGAGGAGAAGGCCGAGAUGGCAAAUAUGCCAAGAGCCACCCUGGCUGUGGCUCCAUAAAUUACCCGGGCAGGCAGAGUAGGAGGAGUAGUUUCCUUGGCAUCCGAGGGCUGCCUGGUCUUAAGAAGUGUUUAUAGUUCAGAACACAGCAUGUGAUUACAUGUAUGCAUCAUUUAAAGGUGCAUGCAGAAAGCAAAGGAAACCCAACUUCAAAAUACCUCUCAUAUCAGUGGCAUACACAUCUUUACAUGUGAAAGUAUAUACACGUAUCUGUUUCCCUUGUACUAUUUAUUUGUAUAUUUUCUAUCUAAAAUCUCCUUUGAUGGUUUCAUAAUGACCCAAUGAGGAAUUUAGUUCGGUCAGGAGAGAGGUAAUUGGUGGGUCUGAGAUUACAUAGCUGGUAAGUAGUGGUUCCUGGGUGCAAACCCCGGGAUCCUGACCCUGGUGUGGCCAGUGUGCUUUCCACACCUACAUCAUGUUUAGGCACCAGAGUGGCAUGUGGUUUCAAGGCAUGGGGAUGCCUUCAAGGAGUCUCUCUUGUGCUCCUGGUGAACAGCAGCGUGGCUUUGCGAUGACUAAUUGAUGGAAUUUAUGCUCCUGUCUGUGACUAGGGCAAAGAGAGCCUGCACUUCAGUGACUAAGUAGGGUUUGCUGCCUUAAACUUUAUUAGAGUGUCUUAAUAGUUAGCUCUAACCAUCUACACACUUGCCACCCCUUCCCUCCCCCCACAGCAAGGGGCAGAGCUGAAAUCCUAUAUUAUGUAAAUG